GUUUUUUUUCCCCAUAUAAAUAGGGUAAAAAUUUUCAAAUAUGCUAUCAUUACAAUUGAGAAGACAAAUUAGAAAAAAAAAUCAUGUCUAAAUUUUUAUUCAUUUUUUGUGCCUUCCUUUUGGCGGCAGGUUCAGUAUAUGGCGAAGAAGUUGGUAAAGUAAUGCAAAUGAAAAAUGAGGUAGUGGAUGCAGCUGAAACUGCAAUAAAAAAUCUUGAAACAAAAUUAAAUGAAUAUUCAGAACCAAUUAAAAAAUUAAUUUCGACAUUACAAACUAAAGCAACUAAUCUUCGUAGUAGUGUUUACAAUCAAAUUGUCAACGUGGAACAAGAGGUGUUGCCAAAAAUUGAUAAAGUAAUAUCAGACGCUGCUGGCUCUGAUGUAGAGGAAUGCAAAAAAAUGGCAACAUCUGUUAAGCCAAUUGCAAGCGAAACAUUCAAGGAAUCAACUCAAUGUAUGACAGAUCUUGUCGAUAAAGCUGUCAAUACUUGGAAUAAUAUUUUUAAAGAAUCGCAAGAGGCUUUGGAUAAUUUGUUCCAAGUGAAAAAAGAAGCCACAGUUUGUGUGAAAAAUAUUGAUACUUGGCAAAGUGCCACCAGCGCCUCCUAUUGUGUCACUAAGGUUGCAGCAGUUGGAACAUGGGAAACAGUAACAAAUGUUCCGGCUAUUAUUUUAGAAAUUACCAAUUUGUAUUGGCAAAUUCAAACAUUUGCACCACAAUUAAAAGCUUGUGCUGUACAAAAAGGUGUUCAAAAAGUCAAAGAAACUAGUGAGGGUGUUCUUAAAAAUGUUGUCACUUGCGUUAAAGCGAAAAUAUCCGAAAAAACAGGAAAAUCAGAAAAAUCGUGGGUAAGGUCAUUGAUAUCAUGGUAAAAAAAAAUAUUUGAAAGCAUUUUUUAAAUUGUCUACUUUAAAAAAAAAAAUUCUUUAAAUUAUUUUUAGAGAAUUUAAAAAGAAUUUUCUAAUAAAAAUUGUGAUGAAUUUAAUUUUUAAUUUGAAAGAGACAAUUUUGUAAAUAAUUUAGGUACACGUACCUGAGAAUUCCAUUGAACGUUAAAAUUGUGACUUAAAAUCCCCUUUGGAAGAGUCGAUUCGAAUUCUGUAACAGAAGAAAUAAAUUGAAUGAUAAAUAAAUAUUUUUUAAAAAAAAAUA